CGUAAAUAUGCUCGUUGUACACAUGGGAUGAGACUCAAAAUGUGGCGGCUUAUGUCAUGCAAGGCUACGAUGUAGCUGACCAAUAUUGAACCGAGCCCUUCGAUAUUUCAGCCUCAUACCCAGAAAUUCAAGCUCACCCAGCAAGUCGUCGCAAACAUGGCUACGGGGCGGCUGACGCCUCUUUUAAAUCGUUUUCGCGCGCGUGGCCCAUUCAUAAAGCAGACAUCAUUUAUUCUUUUCAAUUUUAUGACAUGGAUACCAGCUGUUAUAUGGUUUAACUCAAACGUGGGCGACAUCGUCUGGAUCCAGGGCGGUUCAAUGUACCCAUAUCUAAACACCGAUAUUAAUCGAACUACGAAGAAAGAUGCUUGCUGGAAUAGCAAAUGGGAGCCCUUGGAAGGUUUGAGAAGAGGAAUGAUUGUAUCAUUCUGGAGCCCACCCCACCCCGAGGUCGAAGCCGUCAAACGCGUGAUUGGCCUUGAAGGCGAUAUUGUUUUCACUCGAAAGCCGUUUCCAAACCCUCGUGCUACAGUUCCAGCAGGCCAUAUUUGGGUUGAAGGCGAUGGUGGCCAUAACGGAAAAGAGACGCUGGAUAGCAACACUUAUGGGCCAAUCCCUAUGAAUCUAGUUACGGGACGAGUUACAUAUUCGCUCUGGCCGUGGCGGACCUUUGGCCCUAUCAAUUGGUGGGAAUGGAAGCCAAAGACGAGGGUCAUCAAGGCGAAGCGACGAAUACGAUGAGGCUGGAGGAGAUAUACGCGGGUCUCUAUACUGAAGGGCGACGCCGAGCAAGGCAUAUACCGCUGCUCUACUAUCACCACCUCGGAUGGUAAAAUACCAGGGACCUCGGAACGGUGCAUUCAAUACUGUUGGCUAUGUCCGAGUUGCCCCGAGCGGACCCGAGCGACCUACAAUGGAGAAAGAACAACCAUUGCAGAUUGAGCUCUGCGUUGCGAUCUAGCAAAGGAGGACAUGCCAAGCUGUAGCAUCCGCCACAGAGAUUUUUGAGGGCGCAGAGACAGGUUGAGGUUGAUGGAACAGUGCCAUUGUAGGAUAGCAUCUUCUAGAGGGGCCGCAUUAUACGACUGUACUAUAGCGUGUCCUAAAAUGUAUUUAUGUUAACAAGAUUAAUAAUUGCACUGCAAUAUUCUGUACGGCGCUGUGUUAUUUGACCUGAUCAAUGAUAAAAUAUCC